GUACCGAUGCGUGCGAUGUAUGUCAUAAAUGCCACGGAUAGUGCAAAAGUUUCCGUGAUGGCACAAAUUUGAGAUGUUUUCUAAUAAAAUUAUGCGGCUAAGUUCUUUUAUCAUUGUGUCCGCUUUUUGGAUCAAAAUAUUAUUAUCAAUGUGCGUAUUUUCUUGUUUCACUUCCACAGAAAAGAAAAAUGAGCCUACGAACAAAGUAGCACCUGCACACAGCAAUAAUGUAGACUACAGAGUAGACGAUGCCCAAAAAGUGCGCUUCAAGGAUAGAGAUUAUAAAAUAAAAAUUAAUUUUAUCCUAACAAACUUUGGUAAUGCAACGGAGUAUGUAAUUUACCUGUUACCUGAAUCACCUUACAUUUCUUCAACAACUGGAAAAAUAACCAAUACAAGUAAACUAUCAGUAUCAUGGGAAAUAUAUGUUGCGGAUUUAAACAAAACCAUUGACAAUUUUUCAAUAGAUAUUAAAUUAAUUUACAAUUCAUAUUAUGGAUGUAACAAAACAGUUAUACAACUGGAACGUGACGAAUUUCCAAGGGAUUACAAUGAUUCCUGUUUAACAAAUAAAGGUUGCCUGCAAACGGUAAACUUUACGAACUGUGCAAUUAGCACUGCACCAAAUAAUGAUAAUAAUAAUUCAGUAAAACCACUGCCAUCAGAAGAUGAACGACUAUCAGAUAAAAAAAAGGUAUUAUACAGAAUCGAAAAAAAAUUAACUCGGAAUGAAUCUUUUUUAAACUAUACAGAAGGCGAUAACGUCGAGUUAGUGUGUGAAACUGUGAAUUUUACAGGUCAUAUUAUUAAGUGGCACCAGAAAAAGGGCAAUUAUACAGUAAUGAAGAGCACAUCGACCUCAAAUGCCGUUUCUGCAGCAAUAAAUUUAAAGAUCAGUCGAUUUGAUCACGGCACGACUAUGCAAUGUUUGGUGGAGGAAUCCCCCAAUAAUUUGACCGUGGCUAGCACUGAAAUCUUAUCCUUAUCAGUGCAAAUAGAUAAAAAUAGAAGCUUCUUUGAAGUGGCGAAUGAGCUUGCUCUUUCCGAAGACAAUAAAAUAAUCAAUUAUUAUGACAACGUUGACUUGAAAUGCACAGGAAUGUUGUUUCGAAAUUGGAUUGAACUAACAAAAGAUGGUCAGGUUAAAAGAGAUUUUAAUGAAGAAGCAAAAGUGGAUGGCGACAUUUUAGAGUUGCCCCUAAGUGUCAUAACUAAAGCGGGCAACAACACCAACACCGAUUAUGUGUGUAUAGGAGGGAUUUCAAACACGGAGCCAGAAAAUUACUAUAUUAUUAAUCGUGUAAUUCAGGUAGCACACUUGGUUUAUGAUCAAUUGAUCAUUGAUGCCCCUUCAACAAAUCCAGUUGACACAACGGUAACAGUAAGCGCCGCAGCCGGUGUUGGCGUAGUAUUGUUAUUUUCAAUAGUUAUUUGGAUGUAUUGCAAGAGAUCCAAGCCUCGACAGCCAGCUCCUCACGAGGUUGAGACCUAUGCUACCGCCAGAGUACAGUACGUGGAAGUCCAGCCAGUGCAAUCGGGAGCAAGAUUUUUCAAUCGAAACGACACUCCUUACGCGCAGAUCGUUGGUGUUUUGGAGCCCGUUUACAGUAGCAGAUAAAUACUCAGUGGCGGAUACCAGCAGGCUGAGUAGGCUGAAGCCUAUGGCGGCAAAUUUUAAGGAGCGGCAGAUUUAGUUCAUAAUUAUUUUUUACACACACAAAGUACAAGUACGUACAGAACAGUACAAUUACGUACAGUACAGUAUAAGUACGUACAGUACAGUACAAGUACGUACAGUACAGUACAAGUGCGUACAGUACAGUACAAGUACGUAUUUCGGAUACGAAUAUUAUCAAUGUUCGCCAGCACAGAUAUGGAUUAGAGUAGAUACAGCAAGUUGAUCGUCAAAGCGUGCCAUUCCGAUAUGUCCAAAUGGACAUACAUGGUCGAGUGAUGUUCAGGUAAUCCGAUUACAACAAUCGGUUACGAUGAUUUUACGAGGACAGUAGUACGAACACGGUAGAAAGAAGAAAUUACUAACUGAUUGAGAAUUGUAAUUAACAGCACAAGUAACAAAUAAUUAAUUAGAAUAAAGUAGCAGUAGAAGAAGUAUAAAGUAGCAUUGUUUUUAAUACAUAUCCUGCGAUGUACUCUUAAGAGUUAAAACCAUGGUCCGUGUAUGUGGUGCACUCAUACCGAUCACAAGGAACCGUACUUACUUUUUAUAACAAUAAGACACACACUGAUCCAUGUAUUUGUCGCAGUCGGAUUGUAUAAUCCGCCGUUUUACAUUACCACUAGGCAUUUUACAUUACAGCUCUGUUUUGUAAUACGGCGGUUCAACGUUUAGGCGGAUUGUCAUUGCGAUACGUUCUUCAAUACGGCGGCCCACGUUUAGCCACAUCGUACUACUAUAGAUUGUAGGGUGACCAUACUUACAAAAUAAAACAAUGUAAAAUGAAAAUAAAUUUUAAUAAGACAGAUUUUAAGAAUUAUUACCUUCGUUACUGUAUACUAAAUAAUAUAUUUGGCUUCAGUAUUAUUUUUUUUUACUUAUUUAUAAAUCACAAGGGAUAGCCAUCUAAAAAAAGUAACUCAAAACAAUUAGACUUUUCUAAACUUUUAAGAAUUAAUUAGAUAUUUGGCUUUAGUCUUUUUAGACAUUAAAAAUGAUCAAAGGGAACAGGUAACUCAAAACAAUAAAGUUUUAGUCAUUUUUUCUGGGUUAUUUUUCUUUAAGAUAAAAUUAUCUUCACCGGGCACAGCCAUGAUUUCAUAUUUUUACACUAAUAAUAUUGUGUAGGAUUCCGCCGAAGACCAGAGUCCAUAGCCACUUUGUCCGGCAGCGCCACGGAUUUGAAAAUAGGAACUAAAAACUGUCAAAGCGGCGGGUAAUGACACGCUGUUUUACAUUACGGCUAGCCGUAUUGAAGAACGUUUGGCGCCGAAUACAUUCCGGCGGAUUUUCAUUCAGCCGUAUUCAAUCCGGCUAAAUGUUAAUCCGCCGUAUUACAAAACAGAGCUGUAAUGCAAAAUGCCUAGCUGUAAUGUAAAACGGCGGAUUAUACAAUCUGACUGCGACAUAUUCAUGCACUUGACCAAUUUUUGUCUUGAAACGCUGGUAGGGUAAAAAAAAUAAUAACGAGAUUUGACGAUUUGUAAGAAUCAAUUUAUUUAAAAAGGUAAAUAAAGAUGUUUUUGGUUUUGUAUUUAACAAAUUAUCAGUUUUAUCGGAAUUAAUUAAUUGUCGAAUCGAGUCACACGAUAUCUUUCGAUGACUUUGCGAAUGCAGUACGAUGAUACGAUUAUUUUUACGUUGCGGCAAUCACUAAAAUUCGCUAAAAUGACACUAAUGACGUUUAAAAAGUGGCACGCUCGGCUUCAUACAAAUUUUUUCACAUGCUGCAUCUAUCUAUAUCUGUGUUCGCCAGGCCAGUUUAAUAAGAUCAACACC